AUGCGGGAAGAAAUGCGACAAGUUCGGGUAGCUACUAAUCCAGUAGUUCAUCCAAACGUUCCGGCAACCUUACCAGUACUGAGGAGGCAUCUACGCAUGGAACACCCACCACCCAGGGAACCAGCAUUGUAUCCGAUGAUGUCUGAAUCGGGCUUCGAAGAGUUAUCAGAGGAGAUUCGAUCCGACGCCGAAGAAGAACUCCAUCGUCCCAGAGUGGAGAGGAUGCGAAGACAUAGACUACAGAGACAAGAACCCGAAGGUAUGCGCAUUAAGCUUGAUAUUCCAUUCUUUGAAGGCAGGAUGCACAUCGAGGAUUAUUUGGACUGGGAAGCGGCGGUAGAAAUUUUUUUUGAUUAUAUGGAAAUUCCACCGGUCAAACAAGUGAAGUACGUGGCGUGCCGUCUCAAGGGUGGAGCCAGUGCGUGGUGGAUGCAAGUAGUACAAAGCAGGCGGCGAGAAGGCAAAGGUCUGUAUCAACAGUGCCACCAAGGGCAACGAUCCAUCAACGCGUACACUGAAGAAUUUUACAGGUUGAGUGCCCACAACAAUCUUCUAGAGACGGAGAAUCAAUUGGUGGCUCGUUACACGGCGGGUUUAAAGGAAGCUAUCCAAGAUAAAUUAGAGCUCAAUUCGGUACGGUUCUUAUCCCAGGCUGCUAAUUUCGCUCUCAAGGUGGAAUCUCAAUUGCAAAGGCCAUACCGAACUCAGGCUCCUCGGCGAAGUAUAACAGAUGGCUUGACUGGACCCUCAAGAUCGGGUGGUACUCCUGCUAAGGACCAUGUUACAAUUCCACCCGUUACUCACACUCAACCGGGUGAUGACAAGGUGCAAUUGAAAUCCCGAAGCGCCGGAGGACGGAAGAACCCGUAUGCCAAACCCUCAACAAUUAAAUGUUUUUGUUGCCUCCAGCCGGGACAUAAAUCGAAUGAAUGCCCCACCCGGCAUCAGGCUCAGAUUGUAGAAGGCGAUGAGGCAGCUGAAUCAGAGACAAAUGAAGAAGAAGCAGAUGCUCAAUACGAAGUCGUAUUGGCAGAUGAGGGAGACCCGGUGUUGUGUGUGAUGGAGAAGAUACUGAUAGCCCCGAGACAGCCAGUUGUUAGCCAGCGGCAUAGUCUUUUUUGUUCGAAAUGCACAAUCAACGGGAAGGUUUGUGACAUGGUAAUUGAUAGUGGGUGCACCGAGAAUAUUAUAUCUCGGGCGGCAGUUCAAGCUCUUCAACUCAGCAUCACAAAAAAUCCGAAACCUUAUAAGAUUGGUUGGAUAAAGAAGGGAGUAGAAUUCAUGGUUGCCGACUUGUGCAAGGUAACAUUUUCAAUUGGAAAGAGUUACUUGUGCCACAUUACGUGCGACGUCCUUGAUAUGGACGUCUGUCAUUUAAUUCUGGGACGGCCGUGGCAGUAUGACACCGGAGCCAUUCAUGAUGGUCGUGCUAACUCCUAUACUCUGGAGUGGAAAGGAAAGCGACUUAAGCUGGUUCCUGGUAGUCAUUCUUCUAGUGUUGGGGCGGCUCAAAACCUGUUUGCUGCGCGACUCGUAUCAGGUACCGCCUUGAUGAGAAGUCAAGACCAAGCUAAUUCUCUUUUGGCACUAGUGGUUCAUGACCAAGCUGUCAAUCCUUCGGUAGUAAGUCACAUUCCGGAAAUUCAAGGCUUACUUCAGGACUACGCAGAUGUAGCAGCUACGGAAUUACCCUCCGCUCUACCGCCCCUGCGCAGCUUACAACAUCAAAUUGAAUUCGUCCCGGGCACUAAAAAUUUCAUCCAACUAAGCCUCAGUCCUUGUGCAGCUCCGGCCUUGAUUGUUCCAAAGAAAGACGGACAGUGGCGACUUUGUAUUGACAGCCGAGCAAUCAACCGCAUUACCGUUAAAUGUCGGUUUCCCAUUCCUCGGAUCAAUGAUCUUUUGGAUCGGCUCGCUGGCGCCCAAAUUUUCUCCAAGCUCGAUCUGCGUAGUGGGUAUCAUCAGAUUCGUAUCCGUUUCGGAGACGAAUGGAAGACGGCCUUCAAAACAGUGGAUGGAUUGUUCGAAUGGAAUGUGAUGCCUUUUGGGCUUUGCAAUGCCCCCUCCACCUUUAUGCGGUUGAUGCAUGACAUCCUCAAGCCAUUUCUAGAUAAGUGCUGUGUAGUUUAUUUUGAUGAUAUUCUUGUAUUCAGCACUUCUUUUGCAGAGCAUAUGCGCCAUUUGCGAGCCAUACUAGAUAUUCUUCGAGACAAUCAACUUCUCAUUAAUGUGAGCAAAUGUGAGUUUGCUGCUACCGAAGUUCACUUCUUGGGCUUCGUUCUUUCUCCGGAAGGAGUUCACACAGCUCCACAAAAGUUUCGGCCAUCCGCAAUUGGCCAACACCCAUGA